AUGGGCGUCCGAGAUUCCCACGGGGAGACGACGGGGACGCCCGACCCCGUUGAUAGGGGGUUCGCCACACUCAACACCAUCAGAAUCGGUGUGAAGGCCAUGGUGCAGAAGGAUGGAGAACUGCGAAAGGCUGAGAUUCUGUCAAUUCGGCAGCGGAAGGAUGGCCCUUCAUUUUACGUACACUAUGUCGAUUUCAACAAGCGUCUUGAUGAAUGGGUUGCGUCUUCUCGCAUCGAUCUCUCCCAAGAAGUUGAAUGGCCACAGCCAGAAAAGGCUGAUAAAAAGAAGACCGCUGCUGCUAGCAAAGCGGCGCCUAGCAAGAAUGUGACUGCUAAUAAGCGUGCCCGGGCUGACAGCCGGGAUUUGUCACAAACACCCGAUAUCCUGGGGGGCAAGAACGUGAAUGUCGGCAAGGUAUCACGGCCCUCGAAGGCUGGAGGGAAAGAAAACCUCGGUGUCGAUACACCUGGAGGAGACACAUCGAUGUUCCCAUCUGAGGCUGUGUCAACAGUCGGCACGCCGAAGGCCACUGAGUCAGAAGACUUUGAGAUGGCAGAUGCUGCAGCGGAAAGCAAAUCGGUAAAAGAAGAUCAAGUCCAAACGGCAACAGGCGAGGUGAUUACACGCGGAGAGGAAAUCGAGCGACUUCGUACAGGUGGUAGUAUGACACAGAACCCGACAGAGAUCCAUCGCGUACGAAACUUGACCCGCCUCCAGAUGGGCAAGUAUGACGUCGAGCCGUGGUACUUCUCGCCGUACCCGGAUUCCUUCUCGGACGUCGACUUAGUCUAUAUCGACGAGUUCUGCCUCAGCUACUUCGACAACAAGCGGGCAUUCGAGCGUCAUCGCGCAAAAUGUACCUUGACCCACCCACCCGGUAACGAGAUCUACCGCGACGACUACAUCUCCUUCUUUGAAGUCGACGGCCGUCGCCAGCGCACUUGGUGCCGGAACUUGUGUCUCCUGAGCAAGCUCUUCCUCGACCACAAGACUCUUUACUACGACGUUGACCCGUUCCUGUUCUACUGCAUGACCACCCGCGAUGAGACCGGCUGCCAUUUCGUUGGCUACUUCUCCAAGGAGAAGGACUCUGCUGAAGGGUAUAACCUGGCGUGUAUUAUGACUUUACCGCAAUACCAACGCCGCGGUUUCGGCCGUCUGCUCAUCUCGUUCAGCUACGAGCUCAGCAAACGCGAAGGCAAGCUCGGCUCCCCCGAGAAGCCACUCAGUGAUCUCGGUCUACUUGGUUAUCGACAGUACUGGCGCGAGACGCUAGUGGAUUUACUGAUCGAGCCAAACCGAGAAGCUAUUAGCGAGAACGAGCUCGCGGUGCUCACUUCCAUGACUGAGAAGGAUGUUCACGAGACUCUGGUUGUAUUCAACAUGCUCCGAUACCACAAGGGUAAUUGGGUCAUUGUACUCACGGACCACGUCGUGGAGGAGCACGAAAAGCGUCUCAAGAAGGAGGAGAUCAAGGGCGCGCGCAAAAUCGAUCCUGCCCGUCUCCAGUGGAAGCCUCCUGUCUUUGCUGCUUCCAGCCGGACCUGGAACUGGUGA